GGGCAUGGACGCGGCCUGAGCGCGGAGUCGCCGCGGGAGCUGGAGGGGAAGGCGGCGUCGGAGCCCGAGGCGGGAGCCAUGCCGGAGAAACGCGCGGGCGCACAGGCCGCGGGCGGCAGCUCGGUGAGCUCGGCGUCCGGCGGUGUCAGUACCCCAGGCCCCAGCCAGGGGAGGCUGCAGGGACGCGGGACCGAUUGGGGUGCAGGGUGGUCCCCGGUUCCCCGAAUGGAGACCAGCCGAGCGUCGCGUCCGCACCGAGCAGAGACUUGGUUUCUCGGAAAGCCUGUCCUUUUCCAGGGACAAGGCUUUGGGAGACCAAGUGUAUACCAUGCUGCCAUUGUCAUCUUUCUUGAAUUCUUUGCAUGGGGUCUGUUAACAACUCCAAUGUUAACUGUUCUGCAUGAAACGUUUCCUCAACACACUUUCCUCAUGAAUGGUCUUAUUCAAGGUGUAAAGGGCCUGCUCUCUUUCCUGAGUGCACCACUCAUAGGCGCUCUGUCUGAUGUGUGGGGUAGAAAACCCUUUCUCCUUGUUACGGUCUUCUUCACCUGCUUCCCAAUUCCACUGAUGAGGAUCAGCCCUUGGUGGUAUUUUGCUAUGAUUUCUGUCUCUGGAGUCUUCUCAGUUACAUUCUCUGUGAUAUUUGCCUAUGUAGCUGAUGUCACUCAGGAACAUGAGCAAAGUACUGCUUAUGGAUGGGUCUCAGCCACCUUUGCAGCCAGUCUGGUGAGCAGCCCAGCCAUUGGAGCCUACCUCUCAGCCAGUUACGGAGACAGUCUUGUUGUGCUGGUGGCCACAGUGGUGGCUCUUCUGGACAUCUGCUUCAUCUUAGUAGCUGUUCCAGAAUCUUUGCCAGAGAAAAUGAGACCACUGUCCUGGGGAGCUCAGAUUUCUUGGAAACAAGCAGACCCUUUUGCGUCACUGAAGAAAGUUGGAAAAGACUCUACCGUUUUACUGAUCUGCAUCACUGUGUUUCUUUCAUAUCUUCCUGAAGCUGGACAGUAUUCAAGUUUUUUUCUCUAUCUCAGGCAGAUCAUAGGUUUUGGAUCCGUUAAAAUUGCAGCCUUUAUAGCUAUGGUUGGAAUUCUCUCUAUUGUAGCACAGACGUUCUUUCUUAGCAUCUUGAUGAGAUCAUUAGGGAAUAAGAAUACUGUCCUCCUUGGCUUAAGUUUCCAGAUUUUCCAGUUAGCCUGGUAUGGUUUUGGAUCUCAGGCUUGGAUGAUGUGGGCAGCAGGGACUGUGGCUGCCAUGUCCAGUAUCACAUUUCCAGCAAUCAGUGCCCUGGUCUCUCGGAAUGCAGAGGCAGAUCAGCAAGGAGUUGCUCAGGGGAUCAUCACUGGAAUAAGAGGGCUGUGUAAUGGCUUAGGACCAGCGCUGUACGGCUUCAUAUUCUACAUGUUCCAUGUUGAGCUGACUGAAUUGGGGCCGGAAUUGAAUUCUAACAAUGCUGCCCUGCAGGAAGCUGUCAUCCCAGGCCCACCAUUUUUAUUUGGGGCAUGUAUAGUUCUUAUGUCUUUUCUGGUUGCCUUAUUCAUCCCCAAAUACAGUAAAGGGAGUGGAAUUCAAAAACAUAGCAACAGCAUCGCUGGCAGCCUGGCCAACACGCCAGAACAGGCCAGUGAAGAGGACAUUGAGCCAUUACUGCAGGACAGCAGCAUCUGGGAGCUUUCUUCCUUGGAGGAGCCUGGGAAUCAAUGCACUGAACUAUGAACUGAGUAAGAAGGGGGAUUCUGUGGACGUCAGCUCUGAGAGCCGUGGGGAGCCACACUACAUGGAGACUUCAUGGUGCUGGAGGGGAGAUGCUGGUGGCAUCCUAUAGGGCCAAGUCUGAGCAGUGACCCCUUUCAUCCAACCACCUGCAUCCUCACCCUCCUCCUGUUGCUUCCAUUCUUUCUUUCUGUUUGUACAUUAGAAUAAGAUUUGAGAUACUUUCCUUCAAAUAAUAUGCCAUUUUCAACAUUGACUAGAAUUACAACAUUGAAACACAAACAGAAAAUGUCCUGUCUCUGGGGGAAAAGGAUGGCUUUCCUUUAGUAAUUUUGGAGAGAGGAUGAUACUGUUCUUUCCAUGUCCUUAGACCAUGCAGGAUUGUAAUGGAAUGCUCACCUAUGGCAAACUCUGAGGAAAAGAUUCCCAUCUACCUCCUUCUCUGUUUCUCUGAACUGGGUCCACUUAGCCUACAGGUAUUUAUGAGGGGCCUCUCCCAGAGUCACUCAGUAUCAGGGAUUUAAAGCAGAAGCCGAGUCUGAGUCUCCUUUCUAUUUCCUAUCCUUGGCAAGAAUGAAACAGCAUGUACACCUCUGGUCAUUAAUAAUACUAAUCAGUGAUAACUUUUAUCAGAUGAGGGAAAAUUUUCUUACAAAUUUAAAUCAUGUAGUAAUAUGAACUCAGAUUCUUGCACCUAGUUUCUUGGUCGGAUCCAAAGUGAUUUUAUAGAAUAAAACCACACAUCAAGCAGUCUGGUGGCAAUGUAGAAAGUGGAGGAUACCUCAAAGAAAGUUUCAACAAUGUGAACAUUCCUAGUGAGGAUGAGCAUUAGUAACUGGAUACCAGUGCAGUUUUUUUUAUCCAAGUUCACACUCAUGUAAUGCAUUAUCACUCUGCUCCUUUCCAUAUCCCUUGUGUUCCACUUCUCAAUUUUUUCUCAUUCAUUACACUCCUGCCUUAACUGCUCUGUAGUGCAUAUUUGUUUUCAGUGGGUCUUUACAUCCAUCUGUUUUUCUGACUUCUGAAUUUCAUGGAAUUAUGCACAUCAAAUUCCUUUCUAACAUAUGAUGGGUUAGGAAGCUCAGCUUCACAAUAAGUGUCUUGCUAAUUUUUUGAGAUGUUUUAUGGACAAAAGAAAACUUUACAGAUUUAUAUGUAUUUUGCUGCACCAGUAAAUGGACCAUUAACUAGGGCCUACCUUUAACAGAGCACUCCUUUGAAAGUUUUAUAGGUAUGAAUUAUAUGUAGAUAUUUGUAAGGACUUUUAAUUUUUUUUUUGAUGGGGUGCUGUGUAAAUCUUGUAUUUAUAAAUGUAAUGAAGGUGUUGACAGAAAAAAUAUAUACAACUUUUAUAAAGGCUUGUGUACUGACUGAAUACAUUUAAAAGAAAAUAUAUUUUGAAACCUGUUCUGCUUUGAACAGAGAUAACAUAUCUUUUUACUAUGCUGUUGGUUUUUAAGUUAAGCUUCCUAAUGCAUAAUAAAUUUGCAAUGGAUA